UGUUACGUUUCACAUUUAAAUUUUAAGCUUCUUUGUAAUUCGUGUUACUAGUUCACUCACGUAAAUAUUGUGUAUAUAUUCUGUUUUGAAACAAAAUCUUAUAAUUUACUUAUGAAAGGAAAAUCUUUUUACUGAUUACCAUGUCUGGUUUAUGCUAUGAUUGUUUUCGUAAUAGUAAGUGUGCAAUAAAAAACCACUUAAGUGGAAGGUUAAAAUGUUGACUGUGACUUAAAAUGCGACUAGGAUUUGAGCUAGGAGGAGUGUAACAUAUUAAAUGCAAAUUCCAAGAUGUUUGAUAGAUUUACUAGUAGCGCUUUGUGCAAGCUCAUCUGGGGAGGUACCACCCACUCAUCAGAUAUUCUACCGCAAAAUUGUAAAUAAUAAGUAAGCCAGUAAUUAUAGGCACGAAGAUUAUGGGCGUUAUUUUUUUACUGUGCCAAUGUUUAUGGGCGUUGGUGACACUAACUUACCAGGUGGCCCAUUCGCUCGUCCAAUCUAUGCCAUAAUUCCUUAUGGUCAGUUUAUAGUAAGGAAGCUGUCUGGGAAUCUAAAACAGCGCGAUUUUUGAAGAAUUCCCUUUCUCGCACAACCGCUCUGUGGAACCAGCUCUUGUCGGCGAUUUAUAUUUCCAUUUCCAAAAAGAAAUGACAUAGAAAAAUUCAAGAAAAAAGCUUACUCGUUCAAUGCACUUGAAUGUCCUCUGGUGUUGCGGAUGUUCAUGGACUGUGGUAGUCACUUUCCAUCAGCUGAGCUUCCUGGUCGUUUACCUCUUCUUACAUAAAAGAGUAUACUUAUACAAAGAUAUGAUUUAAAACAAACUGAUAGCCAGAUCCAAAAAGAAUUUAAACGCUUGACUCAACAUUCGAACCUAGGACGUUCAGAUCAGCCUUAUUAGAUAGCCACUAGAACAACAAUGCAAUACUAAUAUAUUUAAUAUAACAAAGUAUUUACAAACAUUAUAUCCAUAUGAUUCCAUUUGUUUGUUUAUUCUGUAAACAACUCAUGAAUGCAGCGUGAUCUCAUCGGUAGCUUACUACACGUUCGCAUGAUUUAUUACAAGUAGAGGAUUAUCUUUAUCAAAUGUAAGAUUAAAAAAAUAAAUUUGUUCAUAAAUCUUAAUAAAAAUAUCGUACCUAGAUGAAAUUCUGAUUAAGAAGACAGCAAAACGGACGCAAAAAAUUCAUCUCAUAGUUGUAAUUUCGUAAGACGAAAUAAAAACAAAGAUCUCAACGAAAUAUUCCUUGCGACGUACUCAACUGAUACUAAAGAAAAUUAAAUGAGAUAAAAUGCUAUUAUUCCAUUUGUUCAUGUUUUGUGUUACGAUGGGACACUACGUUGACGGAGACGAGAUUUCGUGCAAUGGCCUUGUCUUUGGUCAAGUUUAUUAUGAUCGAGAAGUAUUGAUGGAAAACCUUGGAAGGCCAUACAAUUUGGUCGUACAUAAAUAUUCUGGUACCCUCUUUUUUAGUCAUACGAUUCAUAAAGGUACGGAAGUUGAUUUUAAAAUAAUGGCUUACGAUUUAAAUAAGAGAGUAUACAAAGAUGUUAAAGGAAUUCCUGGUGGAUAUGCUAUUGCGUAUGAUCCUGGUAACGACGAUAUAUAUUUCGGUGGGCACGAUGGUAUAUACAAGUAUAAUUUUUUGACAAAAUCUGCGGAAUUUUUCGCCGAAGAAGGAAAGUCUAUAUGGGGUUUAUUCAUACGAAAUAAUUUUUACUACAUCGAUUACCCAACGCAAAAGCUACACGUUUACAUCGAUGACAAAUUCGUCAAGGUUGCUGAAGCUGUCAAUAUUGAAAUUGACAAUUUCUUCGUUACAAGACAGCAAGAUAUAUAUUUCUCAAAUAAAACAGCUCUUUAUAAAGUUGAUAAGAUCACUAGAAGUACUACAGUAUUGGAUGACGAUAUAGCUGUGAGGCAAAUCGCUGAUGAUAGCUAUGGUGAUAUUUAUAUAUGUGGUACUAAUGGAAUUUAUGUUGAAGAUAAACCCUAUACGAGAAUUAAGCAGUUGGCGGAAAUAGAAAAUGUAUUUGGCAUGACUUUCGAUGAACACGAUCGUGUAAUUUAUUCUGAUAAAUAUACUAUAUAUAGACUUCUUCCUAGUAAUAAUAGUAUCGCAUGUAUAGGUGUUGUUUCGCCGAAUAAAAAUGAAAACGCUUUUGAAGAAAUUUAAAUAACUUCUAUAUAAAUAUU